AAGCUUAUUACACUCAACAAAUUUAUCAAUCCGCAAUUAAAUUUAACCAGCACUAACAUAUAAUGGCUCCGGCUCCAAGUUUUUCCCAUUCAGACGGCUCAUUGUUCGAUUUCGUGGUACGAGACGGCAAUGGCGUCAAGGGCAUGGUCGACUCGGGACUGUCAAAGGUACCACGACAAUAUGUGCAACCUCAACGAGAAAGAAUAGACAAACAAAACGCGACACUAAAUAAUAACCCGCCUAUUGACUUGUCAAAACUCGACGGUCCUGACCAUGAGCUAGUGGUGAAUGAAAUUGCUAGAGCCGCUGAGACUCUCGGGUUCUUCCAGGUGGUGAACCAUGGCGUGCCUGUCGAGCUGCUCGAGUCACUCAAGGAUGCGGCUCAUAGUUUCUUUGGCCAGCCACCUGAAAAUAAAGCUAUGUAUCGUAAGGGUGUGAGCCCUAGUCCAUUGGUUAAGUAUGGUACCAGUUUUGUGCCGGAAAAAGAGAAGGCAUUGGAGUGGAAAGACUAUAUCAGCAUGGUUUACACCAAUGAUAUUGAAGCACUUCAAGUUUGGCCUAAAGAAUGCAAAGAUGUCGCUCUCGAAUAUAUAAGAACAUCAAUUAAAAUGGUGAGAAAACUACUAGAAGCUUUAAUGGAGAAGCUUGAAGUGAAAAUAGAUGACGCCAAAAUUGAUGCAUUAAUUGGGAUGAAGAUGGUGAACAUGAAUUAUUAUCCAAAAUGUCCAAAUCCAGAGCUAACGGUUGGAGUAGGGCGUCACUCAGAUUUUGGGACCCUAACUGUAUUAUUACAAGAUGGCAUCGGUGGUCUAUAUGUCAAAGUUGAGGAGAAUACUGUAGAUGGCGAGAAAUUGGGGGACUGGGUGGAAAUUCCACCAAUUCCUGGUGCUUUGGUCAUCAAUGUUGGUGAUACUUUACAGAUAUUAAGCAAUGGAAAGUAUAAAAGUGCAGAGCAUAGAGUACGAACUACAAGCACUCGAUCAAGAGUUUCAGUUCCAAUAUUUACAGUUCCAAAGGGAACCGAAAAAAUCGGACCGUUGGCUCAAGUGGUGGCUAAGGAUGGGGUGGCUCGUUAUAAAGAAUUGGUAUUUGAAGAUUAUAUGAACAAUUUCUUCAGCAAUGCACAUGAUGGAAAAAAGUCUCUUGACUUUGCUAGGAUUUAUUAAAAUUUUGCUGAGAUCUAUUAAUUUUUCUUUAAUUACAAAAUGGUCCCUUUUUAAGUCAAUUGUUUUUACAACGCACAUGAUGGAAAAAAGUCUCUUGACUUAGCUAGGAUUUAUUAAAAGGAAAAGGGUCAAAUAAGCCCCUGAUAUUUAGUUUAUGGGUCAAAUAGGCUCUCAACGUUCAAAAAAGAUUAAAUAAACCCCUAACGUUUUUAAAUUUUAUCAUGUAAUCCCUCCUUAAGGGUCAUCGAGGACCCUAAUGUAUGUUAAAUCGUAUUAACAAGCAUCCCUAAAAAUGGGUUAUAUGAUACAAUUUAAAAACGUUAGAGUUCUUAUUGCACUUUUCUGAACGUUGAGAGCCUACUUGACCUAUAGAUUAAAACGUUAGAGACUUAUUUGACCCUUUUUUUUAUUAAAAUUUUGCUAAGAUCUAUUAAUUUUUCUUUAAUUACAAAAUGGUCCCUUUUUAAGUCAAUUUCUUAUAAUAAAGCUUCUGGAUGUACCACAAGUCUCAUGCCAUGUAUAUUAUGUUGCGUCCAUUUGGAGAUGAUCUCACACGAUA